AUGGCUGAUGAGUGUUGGGGAGUCAUUCGUGCUAAAGUGGUGGGCAAGAAGCUGGUGAGAGGUGGACCCUUUGGCACCAUGAGCUACACCGUCAAGCAAAUGAAGAUGUACAAGGGCUUUGACAAAGUGCCGCACGUGCAGCACAUCUACACGGACGCCUCGGAGAGCUUGUGCGGCGUCAAGUUGGACAUCAACAAGUACCAGUACCUGAUCACAGGGCGGGUGUACGAGGGCAAGGUGUACACGGGGCUGUGCAACUUCAACGAGAGGUGGGAGCGACUGUCCCUGGCUCAGAAGAAAGGCAUCAACCAUCGCUACCAGCUGGGCUGCAGCUGCAAGAUCAAGCCCUGCCACUACCUGCCCUGCUUCGUGACGUCCAAGAGCGAGUGCCUGUGGACGGACAUGUUGUCCCACUUCGGCCACCCGGGCCACCAGUCCCGCCACUACUUCUGCAGCAAGCAGAAGGAGGGCUACUGCGGCUGGCACCGCGGCAUGAGCGCCCGCGACAAAACCGCCGUCAACACCACCGACCCCUGAGGGCCCCCUGACUCCACCUGGCCCCCCACAGUGGCGCCCCAGUCAAGGGCGACAAAGGACAAGAAAUGCGUUGCCGUGCCUGUUUGCUCGCACUUCUGAUGGAAUACUUUAGCGCCCAAUUAGACAUCCAAUAAUCCUCAAUUACACAUCCAAUAUUCCUCAAUUCGACAUCCAAUAUUCCUGAAUUCGACAUCCAAUAUUCCUGAAUCGGACAUCCAAUAUUCCUGAAUUCGACAUCCAAUAUUCCUGAAUCGGACAUCCAAUAUUCCUGAAUCAGACAUCCAAUAAUCCUCAAUUAGACAUCCAAUAUUCCUGAAUUCGACAUCCAAUAUUCCUGAAUCGGACAUCCAAUAUUCCUGAAUCAGACAUCCAAUAAUCCUCAAUUAGACAUCCAAUAUUCCUGAAUUCGACAUCCAAUAUUCCUGAAUCGGACAUCCAAUAUUCCUGAAUCAGACAUCCAAUAAUCCUCAAUUAGACAUCCAAUAUUCCUGAAUUCGACAUCCAAUAUUCCUGAA